UGCGGGUCCCGCACAUCCUACCCGAUUGCCGUGCUCCGCCAGGCGGGUCGGCAAGAAGGGUAGAAACCUAGUGCCCGAGCGUAGGCCCCGCUUCAGCCAAGACGGCGUCUCGGCGGCGAUGGCUAUCUUAAAAUCCACCGCCGGCCGGUGCAAGGAUCCAAAAAGAACCAGCGCGCCGCGUUCGCUAUAAACUGGAGUCUCUCGUCCGUCUCUCUCUCUCCGAGCUCGCUGCGGAUUAUUUUGGAGAUUCGGAGUGAUCCGUUCUGGGCGUAGAAACAGCAGCGGCAGUGGCAGCGGAAGUGGCGACGACGGGCACAAAUCCGUCGAACGACAAUGGAUCAAGAGAUUGGUUCGAUUCCGCACGAUCGGCUGGUCAGACACCUUCCAUUCCGUCGACAAAUCGUUAAUUGGAAGAGUGAUUACAAACGUCUGCUUCUUUUAGCAUAUCAGAGUUUUGGAGUCGUAUAUGGAGACUUGAGUACCUCUCCCAUCUAUGUAUAUGCAAGUUGUUUUGCAGGAAGGCUGAACAAUUAUCGAGAUGAGCAGACAGUAUUUGGUGUAUUUUCCUUGAUAUUCUGGACAUUCACCCUAAUCCCAUUGCUUAAAUAUGUGAUGAUAGUCUUAGGUGCUGAUGAUAACGGUGAAGGUGGAACAUUUGCUUUGUACUCAUUGCUCUGCAGACAUGCAAAGCUUAGCUUACUUCCUAAUCAGCAAGCAGCUGAUGAGGAGCUUUCCACAUAUUAUAGAGCUGGUUACAUUCCUCAAAUUUCUAUUUACUCUCCAUUAAAAAGGUUUUUGGAGAAGCACAAAAGACUGCGUACAUGCUUACUUCUUAUUGUUCUGUUUGGUGCGUGCAUGGUGAUAGGAGAUGGGGUUCUUACGCCAGCAAUUUCUGUUCUCUCAUCAAUUUCUGGAUUGCAAGUUCGUGCCAAAAAAUUGGUUGAUGGUGAGGUGGUAAUCAUUUCCUGUGUUGUGCUGGUUGGACUCUUUGCCUUGCAGCACAAGGGAACUCAGAGGGUGGCCUUCAUGUUUGCUCCUGUUGUUAUCAUUUGGCUCUUGUUCAUUGCUGCAAUUGGCUUGUACAAUACAAUUUAUUGGAACCCCAGAAUAAUCCAUGCUCUUUCUCCACAUUACAUUGUCAAGUUUUUUGAGCACACAGGAAAAGAUGGUUGGAUUUCCCUUGGGGGAAUACUUCUUUCAGUUACAGGUACUGAAGCUAUGUUUGCAGAUCUUGGACACUUCAAUGAGACAUCCAUCAGGAUAGCAUUCGUUGGUCUGAUUUAUCCAUGUUUAGUACUGCAAUACAUGGGGCAAGCAGCAUUUCUUUCUAAAAAUAUACACGAUGUAUCUAGCAGCUUUUUCGAAUCUAUACCACAAUCAGUUUUUUGGCCUGUUUUUGUGAUCUCGUCUCUUGCUGCUAUAGUCGCUAGUCAAUCUGUCAUCUCUGCUACUUUCUCCAUUGUGAAGCAAUGUCAUUCGUUGGGAUGCUUUCCACGUGUCAAAAUUGUCCAUACAUCAAGAUGGAUCCACGGCCGGAUAUAUAUACCUGAAAUAAACUGGAUCCUUAUGGUUCUUUGUCUUUCUGUCACACUUGGUUUUCGUGACACAACCAUAAUUGGAAAUGCUUACGGUAUAGCAAGCAUGACUGUGAUGUUUAUUACCACAUGGCUGAUGGCAUUAGUUAUUAUCUUUGUGUGGCAAAAUAGUGUCAUAUUUGCCCUUCUAUUUCUCAUUUUCUUUGGGUCUAUCGAGGGUGCCUAUCUUUCCUCUUCUCUCAUUAAGGUUCGUCAGGGAGGAUGGGUGCCUUUUGUGCUCUCCUUUAUCUUCAUGGUCAUCAUGUAUGUCUGGCACUAUGGCACUCACGAAAAGUACCUUUUUAACCUACAAAACAAGGUCUCAAUGAAAUGGAUUCUCACUCUUGGCCCCAGCCUUGGGAUUGUUCGUGUCCCAGGAAUGGGAUUUAUUUACACAGAGCUAGCUACUGGUGUGCCAUCUAUCUUCUCCCAUUUUGUGACCAACCUUCCUGCUUUCCAUCAAGUUCUUGUCUUUGUCUGCAUGAAAUCAGUACCGGUCCCAUAUAUUCCACCAGAUGAACAAUACCUCAUAGGACGGAUUGGCCCCAGAACCUACAGAAUGUAUAGGUGCAUCAUAAGAUAUGGCUACAAAGAUGUGCAGAAAGUUGAAGACAACUUUGAGAAUCAAUUGAUAUUGAGCAUUGCCAAGUUCAUUCAGAUGGAAGGUGAGGGGUCAUCCACUGGAAGUUAUGAUUCAUCUCCAGAAGGAAGAAUGGUCGUCAUACGAACUACUGACACAUCUGGUACUAGGUUGGUGACAAGGGAUGCUGAUGAGAGUGAAUGUAAUUCUACCCCUAUCAGGAGCAGCAAAUCCGUAACGCUGCAAAGUUUGCAGUCCCUAUAUGAGGAAGAAUCACCUCAUGUUAGUCAUCGUCAUCGGGUGCAAAUCGAGUUGUCUGAAGCAGAAGAUAUUAACUGUGAGGUUAAAGAAGAAUUAAUGGCACUGUUGGAAGCUAAGCAAGCAGGAGUUGCCUAUAUAAUGGGUCAUUCUUAUGUAAAGGCCAGGAAGACAUCAUCUUUCAUGAAAAAAAUUGCCAUUGAUGUUGCCUACUCUUUCCUCCGUAAGAAUUGCAGGGGUCCUGCAGUGGCUUUGAAUAUUCCUCACAUAAGCCUCAUUGAAGUGGGGAUGAUCUACCAUGUUUAGUAAGUUCAUUUUUAUACAUAAUAUGUAUAUGUUCUCAGUGUCAAAGAGGAAGUCAGAGAAGCAAAAGUUUUGCUGCAAUAUAUGAAAAUUUUAGCCAUUCACUACCUAUUUGGCUUAAGUCUGCCUGUACUAGUUCUUGGUGUAAUAUAAGCAGUUGUUAGAACAUGUUGUGUCAUAUCUUGUGGUAUACUACUUUCUACAGGAUGCAGUUCCAGCUGGAUCUUAUAUCUAUCAAACAUUGUGACCGACAUCAUUGCAAUUAAAUGCAAAGAUACAGCUUACCUCAUUUGUGGUAAUAGCCUAGAGGAAGUUGAUCAGUGUAGGACAUAAGCUUCCUUUAAGUUGACAAUAAUUGCAUUGUCUCUCUCUAGUUGAGAUUUGUAAUGUCAUUUUUAUUUAGACUGGGAAAACAAUUAAUGUUCCCUUUAUUUUCUUUUC